AUGAACCCUGCAUGCUGUGGACCCCAUGCUGUGGACCCUGUAUGCUGUGGACCCUACAUGCCAGAAACCUACAUGCUGGGACCCUACAUGCUGUGGACCCUACAUGCUGUGGACCACAUGCUGUGGACCCUGUAUGCUGUGGACCCUACAUGCUGUGGACCCUAUGUUGUGGACCCUACAUGCUGUGGACCCUACAUGUUGUGGACCCCUGUAUGUUAUGAAACCUGCAUGUUGCUGACCUGCAUGCUGUGGGCCCUGUGUGCUGUGGACCCUGUAUGCUGGACCCUGUAUGCUGAUGAAACCUGCAUGUUGUUGGACCCUGCAUGUUGUGGCCCUGUGUGA